UGGCCUCCCGCCUCUCACUGACAGGAUCUGGCCUCCCGCCUCUCACUGACAGGAUCUGGCCUCCCGCCUCUCACUGACAGGAUCUGGCCUCCCGCCUCUCACUGACAGGAUCUGGCCUCCCGCCUCUCACUGACAGGAUCUGGCCUCCCGCCUCUCACUGACAGGAUCUGGCCUCCCGCCUCUCACUGACAGGCUCUGGCUGCAACACUGGAUGUAACAUUUGUAACAUUUUAUAAAUCCUGUAAUAUGUUAAUGGCUAUAUGCUGAAUUACCUGCCUGUUGUAAUGGAGCUGGGCUGCGGCCUUGUGAUGGAGCUGAAUGUGGCAGCGCUCUCCCUACUGCCUUACAGCUGUGCCCCUGCGGUGCUACACGUGUACUGGUGCCACCAACGCCAACUGCCUGACCCAAACCGACUGCGGUUCAACCAACACCUCUUGUGCGACUGUUGUUGGUUCUGUUUUGGGUCAACCAAUCAUCAUUAAAUCCUGCACCCUCAACUGCACCCCAAGAAGCAGCAGUUCUGCCAGGGGCACCAGUACCAUUUCCUGCUGCAACACCGACCUGUGCAACGGCGCCACUGGGGUAAAAUACACUUACCCUGCGCUGGGGCUGUCCCUCGGGUUUCUAUUGGUCCUGCUGAGAGGCUCCGCCCUGUGACCCCCCCAAGCUGUGGGCAGAUAUGAGCAUUAUUGCCCUGUGUAUCCCGCUGAUAUUAAUAAACAUAAUAUGGGGUAAAA